AUGCACCUGUCUGCCGUGCUCAACGCCCUGCUGGUGUCGGUGCUGGCGGCCGUGCUCUGGAAACACGUGCGGCUGCGUGAGCAUGCGGCCUCCCUGGAGGAGGAGCUGGCCGUCGGGCGCCGGGCCGCCGACCCCGCCCCCGCGCUGCGGAUCGACUACCCGAAGGCGCUGCAGAUCCUGACCGAGGGCGGCACGCACAUGGUGUGCACCGGCCGCACGCACACCGACCGCCUCUGCCGCUUCAAGUGGCUCUGCUACUCCAGCGAGGCGGAGGAGUUCAUCUUCUUCCACGGCAACGCCUCCGUGAUGCUUCCCAGCCUGGGCUCGCGGCGCUUCCAGCCGGCCCUGCUCGACCUGUCCACCGUGGAGGACCACAACACCCAGUACUUCAACUUCGUGGAGCUGCCGGCCGCCGCCCUGCGCUUCAUGCCCAAGCCCGUGUUUGUGCCCGACGUGGCCCUCAUCGCCAACCGCUUCAACCCCGACAACCUGAUGCACGUCUUCCACGACGACCUGCUGCCGCUCUUCUACACCCUUCGGCAGUUCCCCGGCCUGGCCCGCGAGGCCCGGCUCUUCUUCAUGGAGGGCUGGGGAGAGGGUGCCCACUUCGACCUCUACAAGCUGCUCAGCCCCAAGCAGCCCCUCCUGCGGGCGCAGCUGAAGGCCCUGGGCCGGCUGCUCUGCUUCUCCCAUGCCUUUGUGGGCCUCUCCAAGGUCACCACCUGGUACCAGUAUGGCUUCGUCCAGCCCCAGGGCCCGAAGGCCAACAUCCUGGUCUCCGGCAACGAGAUCCGACAGUUCGCGCGGUUCCUGAUGGAAAAGCUGAAUGUGAGCCAGGCCGGGGGCGCCCUGGCCGAGGAGUACAUCCUGGUGUUCAGCCGCACCCAGAACAGACUCAUCCUGAAUGAGGCAGAGCUGCUGCUGGCCCUGGCCCAGGAGUUCCAGAUGAAGACGGUGACGGUGUCCCUGGAAGACCACGCCUUUGCAGACGUGGUGCGGCUGGUCAGUAAUGCCUCCAUGCUGGUCAGCAUGCACGGGGCCCAGCUGGUCACGGCCCUGUUCCUGCCCCGCGGGGCAGCUGUCGUGGAGCUCUUCCCCUAUGCUGUCAACCCUGACCACUACACCCCUUAUAAGACGCUGGCCACGCUGCCUGGCAUGGACCUCCAGUACAUAGCCUGGCAGAACACGAUGCCAGAGAACACGGUCACGCAUCCCGAGCGGCCCUGGGACCAGGGGGGCAUCGCCCACCUGGACAGGGCCGAGCAGGCCCGGAUCCUGCAAAGCCGGGAGGUCCCCCGGCACCUCUGUUGCCGGAACCCCGAGUGGCUCUUCCGAAUCUACCAGGACACCAAGGUGGACAUCCCAUCGCUCAUCCAAACCAUACGGCGCGUGGUGAAGGGCCAUCCGGGGCCAAGGAAGCAGAAGUGGACGGUCAGCCUGUACCCCGGCAAGGUGCGGGAAGCCCGGUGCCAGGCGUCGGUGCAGGGCGCCUCUGAGGCCCGCCUGUCCGUCUCCUGGCAGAUCCCGUGGAACCUCAAGUACCUGAAGGUGAGGGAGGUGAAGUACGAGGUGUGGCUCCAGGAGCAGGGGGAGAACACCUACGUGCCUUACAUGCUGGCCUUGCAGAACCACACUUUCACGGAGAACAUCAAGCCCUUCACUACCUACCUGGUGUGGAUCCGCUGCAUCUUCAACAAGACCCUGCUGGGUCCCUUUGCAGAUGUGCUGGUAUGCAGCACGUAG